CUUGGUAAACAUGGAGGAAGUGAAGCAUUCGCAAUUUUUGAUAAUUGUAUGUUUUGUCAUUGUCUGCAGCUGUGUCAUGGUGGCAGCCUUACCAGAGCAAGGUGUUCUCACAGUCAACAUGAAUAACCAAAAUAAUAUCACAUCUUUAUCCAAGAUUAUGUACAAUAACACAAAGAUAUAUGUUAAAGUUACACCAAACCCUGAUAAAAUGAAUCCUGGAGCAGAAUUAACCAUAAAAUGGAUGCUACGAUAUUCUAGGUGUAUGGAGGAAUACAUGAUGAUCAAUCAACCAAAUCAGAUGUACAGUUUUCUAUCACAUCCUGAUAUUCAAUAUCUGAAUGGAAUGCCUUACAACUGGACAGAAUAUAAAACAAAUUCAAUAACAGUCAAAGACCACUGGGAUCUUGGUGACCACAGAAAAGACGAAAUGACAGGAAAGUCAAUGAUACCCUAUCCCUCCAGAAAAAAACGAGAAUCAGGAAAGGAAGCUCCUGUUCCAACUAAACAAACAACACAAAAAUCACCUACCAAAAUAGAAUCUUCUACAGUAAAUACACAACCAGAACAUGCCAAGAAAUCACCUUUACUUGAUACUUGGAGAGAUGGCCCAUACAUAUUUAUAUUGCAAGUGGAAAGUACAGAAAAAUUUGAUAUUGAUGUUGUAAUCAAGAUGGAAGGGAAACACCAGUAUAUUUCAGCAGUAGACUGGCCUCUUCUUAUCUUCUAUGGUUUAAUGGGUAUAGUGUACAUCAUGUAUGGGCUAGUGUGGCUGGUAUUAUUGGCUUGUAGCUGGAGAGAUUUACUAAGAAUUCAGUUUUGGGUUGGAGGUGUUAUAUUGUUAGGAAUGUUAGAAAAAGCUGUUUUCUAUGGAGAAUAUCAGAGUGUUUCCAGUACUGGAAAAUCAGUUCCUGGUGCUAUAGUUUUUGCUGAGUUAGUUUCCUGUGUGAAGAGAGCAUUGGCUAGAAUGUUAGUUAUCAUUGUCAGCCUGGGAUUUGGUAUAGUGAAACCAAGACUUGGAGCAGCUUUUCAUAAAGUUCUGUUUGUUGGUGGUCUUUAUUUUAUUAGCAGUUCCAUUGAAGGUUGUUAUAGAGCAUUAAAUACAAAUCAAGUAAACAAUUCAACAUUACUGAUUCUGAAUAUACCCCUGGCGAUAGUAGAUGCUGUUAUUUGCUGGUGGAUAUUCUCAAGUCUAGUCCAAACCACUAGAACUUUGAGAUUAAGAAGGAAUGUAGUAAAAUUAUCAUUGUACAGACAUUUUACUAAUCUUCUUAUAUUUGCAGUUUUAUCUUCGGUGAUAUUUAUGUUGUGGUCCCUUGUUACCCAUAAAUUAAAGAAAUGUAUUACAGACUGGGAAGAGAUUUGGAUAGACGAUGCAUUCUGGCAUCUUUUGUUUUCUGUAAUUCUUCUGGUUAUGAUGUUUCUGUGGAGACCAUCAGCAAACAGUCAAAGAUAUGCAUUUUCUCCAUUAUUGGAUGCUGAUGAAGAUGAAGAGGAUGAAACAUCAAUGAAUGAUGCCUUUGAUGGCAUGAAGAUGAGAAAUGUGAAAGGACAACCAAAUGGAUCUCCUAAACUGAGAAAUAAUCCAGAUGAUGACUUGAAGUGGGUUGAAGAAAAUAUUCCAUCGUCCAUAACUGAUAAGGUUUUACCAAGUUUAUUGGAUUCUGAUGAAGAAAUAAUGACAACAAAAUAUGAAGCAAAUAAGAUGCAGUGAGGAGCUUUCUGUGACUAUGCCAUUGAACCGAGGACAAUUUUAUGUUAAUUUUCCAUCCAUUUGCUGCAGCUUUUCUCUAAGACUAUAAAUAUUCAUAUAAAGGUAGUUAGGGCUUGAUAAUAAAAUAUUUUGCUGUUUAUUGAAAUUUGAAUAUUAGUUAGAAAGCUGCCUUGCAGAAAAUGAAAAAUUCAGGAUAAACACAUUCCAUGAUAUGUCAAGAGUAAGAACAUUGCAAUAUAUAUCAAAGUUCUUGAAGAAAAACAAUACUCUGUUGCAAUAAAUAGCUUUACUUUGUAAAUGAUGCCUCAUGAUGUUGCAACUGCUUUCACAAAAAGUUUUUCAACAGCUUUGCAAGAUAAAAUUAUUUGUGAAUUGUAAUUGAAGAAACAAGUAUGUGGACAACAAAAAUAUAUAUUCUAAAACCAAAACUAAUUUGUUCUCAGUGUCUGUAGAGCAGACAUAAAAAGAAUGUGCAGCAGACAGAGAAACAAAAUUAUGCCUUCCUUAAAAUAUAGUAAUGCAAAAUUGUUAACAGAUAGAAACUUAUCUAGAAUUUUAUAAUGAGAGCAAAUUUGAAAACAUUCUUUUUAUCAUUUUUUACUUUUCCCAUUUAACCCAUUAGGCCAUACCAAAUUAAAUUUGUUUUCUUCGAAUUUCUUCAUACUUGAUAAAGGUUGAGCAAACAGUUUCUUUUUCUAUAUGAAAUAAUUAUUCACCAUCUUUGAAACAUGCUGAGCAAAAAACAAACUUAAUUUUCUUGUAUUUUAAGUUAGGAUUUUAUGAGGACCAGCUAUUAUUUUCUAAGAUGCAGAUUCCAAUUUUUUUUUUAAAUUAAAAAUUACAACUAGUAAGUGCAAAUUGGGGAAUAAAAAUGAUCCAAAAAAUAGGAAUUGAAUUAGGAAAUUUUAGGAACUUGCAGUGUGAAAGAUUAAUAAAUAAACUUUGUGUGCCCUAAUAAAGAAAUCACCUUUUUUUCUAUGUCCAUUGAGAGAAGAGAGAGAAAAAAAAAAAAAAUUGAGCCAUUUUACUUCUAGAUUUAUGCCUGAAUAUUUAACAUAUUUUAGAAUUAUUCAUUGUAUUUGAUAAAUAUGUCCAUAGUCUUGACAAAUUUCUUUAUUUUUUGUUUGCUCGGUCAUAUUAUUGUCAUAUGACAAGUGAUGUAUGUUGUUUGUUGUGAGUUUGUAUUUAUUGGUGGAUAAAGAUUAUAUUAUUUGUUGAUGUUAAAGAUUAAUGUUAUUAUUAUUAUAAAAUGGGACGAUUUGCUAUAUAUGUGUCUGUCUGUAUGAUACUCUGUUAUUAUUUGUGAUGGUAGUAAAGUUAGGAGUGCAUGUGUGUAUGGGCAAAAUUUAGAAUGAAAGAAUAUUAUAUAAGUAUUCAUGUGAGUAAUAUUUCAUAAUAUUGCCAUUUAAUAUAGGUACGAAAAAAUAUUGACUUGGUCAUAAGGUUAUUAAAAUAAUGCUUUUAUAUAUAUAUAGUUUAGGUUCUCAAGUCUAAUCUGUUGAAAUAUAGGCUAUAGAAUGACAAGUUGUCAUAAACUUCACUUUUGAAUUUAGAUUAGAAUAGAAAUUUAGACACUAUAAACUGUUCUCCACAUCAUUAUAAAAAUAAAAAUGAAUAUGUAUGACUCCUUUAAAAUUCUUGUGUUGUGAGUCAAGUUCUGUAAAUUGUUGAUAAAUUUUGUCACAUUGGCUUUUCACAAAUAUUCUAUUUUUAAUGUGCAUCACUUAUCUCAGCAUUUAGUGUUUUGUUAUUUAUGGGAUUUAAAAUAUGGUAUGUUGUCAGAGAUGAUGUUAAAUGGUUAAUUGUUUUAAACAUGCAAUACAGUAUUUUUCAUAUAUUAAAAAAACAUUCACAGACGGUAUAAGCUUUUUAUUAGGAAUGUUAGUCUGAAUACAUUUCAUCUAUGUUCACUUUAUUUGUUAUUUCAAAGUUAUGGAAUUUUAAAUGUAAAAAAAAUAGAUAAUAUUUCUUGCAUGUAUAUUUCCAAAUAACUGAAGUAUGUUUUCUGUAUUUUUUUUGGAGUAGUUGGGGGUUUGUGUUUUACUGUCAUAUAAUUGGGUUAUUUCUAUUCUCCUUUUUCUGUAUCUUGAUUUCCCUUAGAGCUAACAAGCUCUUUGAUUGAAAAACAUACAUGUCCUUGGUACAAUGGUAAACAAACUACAUUGGAUUAAAUCAAUUUGAUAUGGUUCUAGCUUAAAUGACUGAAAUUCUUAUACACAUAGACAUUCUUGUAACAUCAGUUCAUGUAGGUCAAGGUAUAUUCAGUAUUUAUUUAUAUUUCUGUUCAUUUGAGGUUUAGUACGGUAACCCAUGUUAGUUUUACAAGGUUAUUAUGAAUAAAUAUACAACAAAGCAAGCCAAAACCAGAAAAGACAUUUGAAGGUAAAUAAUGUCUUCAACUAACAAUAGAUAUAGGAAGAUGUGGUAUAAGUGCCAAUGGGACAACUCUCCAUCCAAGUAACAAUUUAUAAAAGUAAACCAUAAUAGGUCAAGGUACGGCAAAGAUACCAAUGUCAAAGUCACCAGAGUUCAAGACAAUCAUUGACAAAGCUUUUGACUUGAAACAGACACAACAGCAUGUGGCAGGGUUUACCAGUGUUAACGGACACACAGAAAACUAUUCCUUAGUAUGCAGACAGUAUUAUUAUCUUCACUAGUAAUGAAACCUAAGUUAAAAAUGGAAUUGCAAUUUUUUUAAGAGAAAAAGCAGUUCUGCUUUCUUAUAUAUCAUAUUCCUCAUUGUGGUGUUUUUUUAAUGGGAUAUAAUUAGUAUAUAUUUACUGAUACUGACGUCAUAGAUUGAUUGCUAUUAUCAUUAUCUUGUAAUAUUACAUUUGUGUCUGUUUGGAGAUCAGCAGUACAUAUGUUAUAUCAUAUCUAUAUCAUUUAAUGUUGUGUAUUAUUUAUGAGGGUAUAAUUCCCAGCACAAAGUGCUAUCUAUUGUAUUAUACUGUAUAUAUCUGAUUAAUAAACACAUGUCUUAAA